GUCAACCAUGACAUGUUAUCGUGACGUGUGAUAUCCCAACUUGUUUUUUGAAAACGUCCGCAAAACGAAUAGCUUAUAAUAAUUUUAUCAUUAGAUUCGAUAAGGUAAUUUAUCGUGACCGCAUGACCACGUAGCUGAAAGGUACCAAAAUGCUUCGUCUGUUAAUAGUAGCUGGGCUUUUACAAUGUACAAUUUCGCAACAGUAUCAGCAGAAAGUUGCGCCCGGGGUACCCCCGCAGAAUUACCAGAACUAUCAACAGCCACCCCCUCCUCAACCGAUGCAGCAACAGCCACCCCCACCACAACAGCAACAAUAUCAACAGCCGCCACCGCAGCAACAGUACCAGCAGCCUCCCCAGCAGCAGUAUCAACAGCAGGUGCCCGUGCAACAGAUGCCGGUUCAGAAUUCCCAUGGACACGGACACGGUGGUCAUGAUCCACAACUUCUGAACGCGGCUAACAUCGCCCAGGAACGAGAACAUAUUCAAGAGCACAUGGAAGUACCAAUCGACACAUCAAAGAUGACCGAACAGGAAUUACAGUUUCAUUAUUUCAAAAUGCACGACGCCGACAAUAAUAACAAAUUAGACGGAUGUGAGCUGAUUAAAAGUUUAAUACAUUGGCACGAGCAAGGUCAUAAUCAAAAUCAGCAGCAACAGCAACAGCAGCAGGGCUCCCCGCCGGUAGGGGAGAAAAUAUUCAAGGAUGACGAGCUAAUAAAUUUAAUAGAUCCAAUAUUAAAUAUGGACGAUCACAAUCGUGACGGUUUCAUUGAUUAUCCGGAAUUCAUUAGAGCUCAACAGAAGAAUCAGAAUAAGGAGAAUAAUUAAUUUGCCGCGUUUUUUUGACGGUUGGAUUUUUUUCGUGUAUGGCAACAUUGAUUUGUUUUUUUUUUUUUUUGAUACAAAGGCUAAUGUAUUACAUUUUAUGGAUACGUAUGUAGUUGUACAUAUAUUAUUGAUUGGUUGUCUUUUUAAUACAUAUAUUAAAUUUAAAAAAUAAAUAAAUUGUUCGUGGGAUACCAGUUUGGAACGAAGUUGCUUGCUUUAUAUAUUAUAUAUUAAAAAACAGAUACGUUGAAAUAAAUCAACGAUGAGAAUAAAAAUCCCGUGUGAAUUAAAACAAUAAAAAAAUAGCUUGAAUAAUGUUAUAUUAAACCAAAUGUAAAAAGAAAGGAAGGGAAAGAGAGGGCAAGGUCACCGUAACGAUUCUGUACUAGUUUGCUAUACUGUAAGCGGCGUUAAAGAACUUCGUUCCAAAAAAUGUUUUAAAAUAUCGAAUUAAAAAUCGUCCACGAAUUUCACACUGAAAUGUCACGAAUUAUAUAAAGGCAAAAAAAAACCUGAAAAUCUCCAAUAGUUUUAUUAGGAACACUCGUCAAGGAACUUCGCAACUUUGACGGAUCUAUAAUUUUAAUUUACUCUAUUCGACUCGGCUUGUAUAAGCACUUGUGAAUCGUGAUUUGACAAGAGUUGUAUUAAACGUAAAACAAAUGACGGUUCGGAAUGUACAUUCGAGUUUGACCGGUAAGAAACUCAAUAGUAUUUUUCUAACAUUUGAAACAACGUUGACUAUCGAUAGUUGACCUCGAAAACUAUUCAGGAUAUCGAUAGUACUAUCGAUAGUAUCGCUAUAUCUCUGUAAGCAAUACAAUUGGUAGUAGCGAUACAAUAGUAUAUCGAUAGUAUCGAUAGUUUAGGUUAAAAGUAAUGAUUUUUGCAAUACUGUCGAUAGUGUCAAUAGUAUUGACACGUGACAAUACUAUCGAUAGACUAUCGAUACUAUCGCUAAUAACUUAACUAUCGAUAUGCAACAUUAAUUUGAAAUACAACGCUAUGUCAAACUUGACACAUUAUACGACUCUGAUUUGAGUUCGUUAGAGCCGUUUAUUCCAAUUUAAAUGUCAAUUAAUAUAUAUUUAAUAAGAUCAAACAUUCCAUUGAAUAUAUUAGCAAAUAAAUUUUAUUUUAAGGUAUUUCAUAAAUUACAUUUCUCCCGUUUUUUUAUAUCAAUAUAAUUUAGGUAAUCUUUUAUCGGGUUUCCGCGAGAUGUUUGCCUUCACCGAGCAUGAGGGUAAUUAAAAAAAUAAACACGUGAUUAUUUAGUAGUGUUUGCCUGAAUUUGAAUCUAACCUAACACUGGUCCAUCUCGGUUCUCUAGCUAAAGUAAAGUAACUAUAUAUUACCUCGUUAGUCAUAAAAUUGCGUGCAGCGUGGUGCUAAAUUUAUUAAGCAUUUUAAUCCCGUUUCACUGUUAAACGCAAUCGAAUCGAAAUAAAAUCGUUACUGAAAAGCUUUAUUAAGUAAAUCAACGAUCUAGUUCGAUUCGUUAGUAUUUUUUUUAACUGAAUGUCUAUAAAUUCUUUUGUAGGCUGUGGCAUUCGUCAAAUGCUAAAGUUUAAAUUUCGUUCCAUUUGAAAGAGCGCUUUGAGCGGUUAUGUCAAAAUGAAGAUCUUUGACGUUUUGUAUUCGUAAAAUCAGUAUUGCCAUACAUAAAAAUCGUUAGUUUCGAACUCGGAUAAUGUUAAGACUUAUUUUUUUUUUAUUAGAUGUAUAUUUUGUUCGGACGUGCUUCCAAACUUUUUGAUCGAAUAUUGUUUAGUAUUUAUUUUACUUAAUCUAUGAGUUUUUCUCUUUUAUUCGAAUUUAUCUUUUGAUUUAUUUUAGUGUUUUCUUUUUUUAAAUUUCGUAUUAUUUGGAAUCUCUUCUUUAAAAAAAAAAUAUCUUGAUUUUUUUAUUCUUAUUCUAUAAUCAUUUCAAAAAUGUUCACAAUUAUGUUCUAUUCCAACUAGUGCCACAAAAUAUUUGUAAAAAAAAAUAUGUAAAUAAUUUUAUAACUGUUUAAGACUUCAAUAUUUUUUCUUGAUAUAAAAUAUUUAAUAAAAAAUAAUAUUCAAUGGGAAAGUGAAUAUAUAAUAUAAAAAUACUUGCAUUUUUAUUAUAUAAGUAAUAACUGCCCCCUGUCAUAGGGAAGACAUAUAUAUAACUUUCUUUAUCCUAACUUUAUUAUUGGUAAUGUCUUAAGGUUCAUAUUGCUUUAAAAAUAAAGAAGAUCGGGAAUCUGACACCUCAACUCGGUAAAGCAAUAUCGACAUUAAAGAAUUUGGAAAAUUGGUUCUGUUACAUACUUCCGUCCCUUUUUACGAAAUCGCCUUCACGGUUUGCGGAAGCGAGAGGGAAGAUGUUACAAAAAAAUUACGAUUAUUAAAAAUUAUAGCGUUUAUUGAAACAAAGACUAAAAUCAGUUUUUUUUUUGGACUAAUGUCUCGUUUAAUCAGUUUUACUACAUGCCUGCACAUACAUAUAUGUAUAUAUAUCAUAAUAUGUUGUGAAUGUUAUAAUCAUAGACACACAUUGCAUUUUAAGAAAUUACUUGGCAAUAUCUGUGAUUUUUAAAGGAUACUCGAUUUAAUAGUUUAUUUAAGAAAUAUCCCUUCUUUAAAUUCCGUCACAAAAUGUCGUUUAUUUUUCAAACAUUUAAAUGUCAAACUCGAUACGAUUAAUUGUCAAAUGAUUGCUUUAUUAUGUUAUGCGUGCAAUGUUUUGUCUGUGGUUUUAAGGUUGUGUCGUCUAAGUAUGGAAUGUUGUUGAUAAUAAUAAAUUUGUACAUUGA